AAAAAAAAAAAAAAAACUUUACCUUUGUAGUGGUCAAUAUUCAAUCGCAUUGAGCAAAAAUGGCGAUUCUUGAUCACAAAUUUGGCAGCAAUUGGUCAAAAUCUGCCAGAAGUUAAUGGAGAUUUUGCGCAAUUGAACCUAAGAAGCGAAAAGAACUCCGGAAAAGGCAGCAAGCCAUUUUCAAUUCAAAGAAGGAGUGUUGAGGAGGUGAUCCAUUCAAGGUCGGGAUGAUUUUUGAAAAGGAGGAGGUAUUGGAAGAUGGGAGCGGAAGGGUUAUUGAAGUUGUUUAUGCUCUCCUCCAUCUUAGCCAUGCACCUGGUUCUUUAUCAACCCCACUCUCCUUCCCAGGCCAGAAAGGCAUCAACCAAGAGAACACGAUGGUGCUGGUUAAGGCGAUGCUCAAAUACCUUGUUCUUUUCCUCGUUCUUUUCACCUCAUCAGUAUCAGUUCAUUCGGUUGCUGGUGAAGCUGUCGGAAAAAACAAUGUUGCAAAAUCAUACCGGUCAUGGCGGAGAAUAAAUCACGGUAGUGCUCGUGGUCCUCGGAAGCACCUUGUCAACCCAACGGUGGAGCAUCCAUUUGAAGUUCCCGAGUUGCCUGUAUAGCGUUCUUUGUUUUUCUACCCCUUUUUCUAGUUUGUCUUGACAUGUCUUCUUCUCCUUCUUCCUCCUCCUCUCUAAUUUCUUGCUUAUUUCUUGAUGUCUAUGUAUGCUUCUGUGGCUCUGGUAUCAUCUAAUUCUGCACUCCUUUAAGGGGUACUUGUAAUGUAUCAACUAUUGUGAUCAGUUUUCUGAAUUCACUCGUAACAGUUAAGAGAGAUUGGCUUUUAUA